AACAUGAACUUUGUAACUCCUAAGAAGGGCGGGACUGUAAAAUGUUGUAUCAGAACACUUUGAAGUCCUGUCCACUCAGAUACUUUGGCUUUGGUCUACAGCUGGUGGUGGCAGCCAGAUGUUGCUUUCAGGUCCUGCUAAUGAUUUCCAAAUCAUUUGGAGAACAAAGAGUAGAAGUUAGAGUUAACAAUUUCAUUCAGAUGACGGAAAAUCCAUGUUUUUGACUCAGUGAACAGUGAAAUAAAUCGUUACAGUGCAGUCUGAUUUCAACAGUGACUCAAUGAGGUUAAAGUGCUUUCAGAUUCCUACACGAUUACGCUGCUCAGCCAAUCAGGAUACACCAACUGCAACUCAUCAGACACACCAGAAAGAAAGCAGCAGUAUGACAACAGGCACAAUCUAAAAUGGCCACAACAAACACCCACAGCACAUAUAAAAAGCCAUAAACAGAAGUGAAGUCUAUGACCCACAGACAUCAGCAGACAUCUUUCAUUCAUUGGUUUCUCUGCCAGGACUGUACUGCAGCCAUCUUCACUUCUUCCUUGUUUGUUUUUUUGUUUUUUUACCUUGCGUCUGGUCUUCUGCACAACCCACAGUUAAGAACUUGCACAUGGUGGUUAUUUUAUAAUCUGAUUCCAGUAUGUUUCCAGUUUAUGCCAUCAAAAUAACAAAACAAAAAAAAGGCCUCAGGAUUUCUCCCCCAGUAUUCCCUAAAGUGUUGUCCAAUCAAUCCUGGUGCAUCUGCUUUGUGUCAAAAAUGUUUCUAUAUACUUGUGAACACCCUCAAGCUUUAGCUGGAUGGCCAUUGCUUCAUUUCAAACCCAGUGUACUGCAGUACACAGCUAAAGUAAUAUAAAGGUCACUGUCUAAAGGGUUGCAAGAUAAAUAUGAGGGGUUGUGAGGAGAUAAAAGGGACAGGAAAACACAUUUCUGCUACACAAAGUCAUCUUUUUUAGACUUUAAUCUGUCUUGUGUAUUAUACUGUAUAUAUUUACAUCCUCAUCCCUCUAAAAUAUUGAAGUAAAACAAUCUGAGUAGGAGGAAUUACAACCCAUAGACAUAUGCAACCUGUCAUGAGGGUAAGUGGACAUAGCUUCGUUAUAAAGGGUCACAAGCCAUUAAGAUUGUGAAUCACUGGUCUAACUAAUACAUUAUGAUACGUUAUUACAAUGACAUCUAGUGGUGAACACUGGACAUCGCUGCUUUUGACCACUGUGUCCCUCAAUCAUUAAAAACACUGACAUUUUAUCUGCGUGUUUGGAGUCCAAGCAAGACAUUUUAUGUUGUUAUUUAUGAAAAUAUGGGCUAAAAUCCAAACAAUCCUGUUCACUACAAUACACUUAAAUUUAAUUGCAUUUCUCCACAUGUUUAUCACACAAAAUUCCAUCACAGUAUCCUGUGUGUGCAGUAGAUAUCUCCACACACACGGUGUCAGAGCACUGCCCAUGCCCCGGGUCAUGUCAGUGAGGGGCGGGGAUCACCGCGGAGCUCCUCCUCCUCCAGGCUGCCGUCACCGGGGCUGCUGGACCGGAGCAACUCGGCACCAACAACCAGCCGCCGGCUGCUCCUCCGUGCUGAGUGAAGACUCGGUGCAGCCAGGAGCCUCUCCCCGCCGUCUCUGCCCGUCAUUUCUCACCGUUCACGGUUAACGACAUGGCCUCCGACGGCAUGGACGAGCGAUCCCCGCUGCUGUCGGGCCCCAACUCGGAGAAUGUGACCCCCACCGCUCCCCCGUACCUGCAGGAUUCAAGUCCCCGAGCCAUCGCCAGCCCUGACGCAGGCGGUGUGCCUGUCAUCAACUGCCGCGUAUGCCAGUCGCUCAUCAACCUGGAUGGAAAGCUGCAUCAACAUGUUGUCAAGUGCCCCGUCUGCAAUGAAGCUACACCCAUCAAGAACCCCCCAACAGGGAAGAAAUAUGUGAGGUGUCCCUGUAACUGCCUGCUCAUCUGUAAAGACACGUCCAGGAGGAUAGGAUGUCCUCGACCAAACUGCAGACGCAUAAUCAACCUGAGCCCGGUGAUGGUAAUCCCCGAGGAGCAACCUGCCCAGCCUGCACUGCCCAUCCAACCUGAGGGGAUGAGGGUGGUCUGCGGUCACUGUGGCAACACCUUCCUAGGCAGUGAGGACGCCAGGUCAUCCCAGCCAAUGUCUGGCCUCCCCAGCGAUGGCUCUCCCCCAGCACAACAACAGUGGAUGGAGCUUCGGUUUAACACGCUAGCCAAGUGUCCCCACUGCAAAAAAAUAUCUUCUGUUGGCAGUGCGCUCCCUAGGAGGCGCUGUUGUGCUUAUAUAACUAUAGGAAUGAUCUGCAUUUUCAUUGGAGUGGGUUUAACAGUUGGUACUCGGGGCUUUGCCAGUCGUUACAACGCCACCUACGUAUCCUGGGCAUUCGCCUACCUGCUAGGCCUCAUCUGUCUGAUACGAGCCUGCUACUGGGGCGCUAUCAAAGUCAGUUACCCGGAGAAUAGCUUCGCCUAGAGUGGGUUCGGCAUGGCAUGGCUCUGCACAGCUGGAAGAACAAACCCCACUUUUAGUUUUUUCAUCUUGUUCAGAUUUCAAACCGGUCAUGUUCAGCGGAGCAGAACGUCUGCAAAGUGUCUGGACAGGAGUGUGUUGAAGAGGUGUACUGUAUGUUGGAGAUGUAUCUUGUUGUGUUUGUGUGUGAAAUAUUUGAGAGUUUUGACUCACUGAACAAACCUAAUGUAUAUGGAUCAGUCCUCCUACUAGUCCACAAGGACUCAAAUUCUUCCCAGGUUUUGCCAAAAUCCUCCAAAAUCCAGAAUCAAGAACUUCAAAACUGUGAUUUUUCGUGAUGAAUGCCAAAAUUAGCUCCCAAUUAGCUAAACAAUGAUAGCUCUGCAAACUGGUUGGAUUUGAUCUUUCUGGACCAGAUUUUUAAAAAAAAUUUCAGCAGCCUCACUGACAUCAUGGUACCCGCUUGAUUUCUCUUGUUACUGACUAGACCAAAAUGAGACAACCUCCUAAGAACCGUUUGCCCAUUGCACUACGAUUAUAUGCAAUUGUAUGUGUUGUUUUGCUGCUAGUUUAACUCCAGCUACAGAAAGCUGCAUAUCCAUACUGUAUUGUAACCAUUUACCUUGCCUGUCUACGCUGACAUACUAAUGCUAUAUGAUUUUAACUCUCGAAAUGAUCAGUUUUUUAAAAGAAAUCCUCCUUAAAUACCCAUGUGUGCCAACUUUGCUGCCAAGUAUUAGUCAAGAAGAGCAUCAGAUCAACAGGAGCUUGUUUUUAUCAAAGUGUUAAUUCUUUGUGCCAUGCAGCUUUUAACUCACUAUAGCAAUAACCCUUUUAUUUGAGUUACUUUGAACCUUACCUGCCUAACCUCCCGGUGUUUUUGUUGCCUUCUCACUGGUGGAAAAUGAAAACAUGGUGACUCACGUUUGCAUGUUGACUUGUUCAUGUUCUCUCACCGAGGUGGUGUGUUUUUCUGUUUCCAAGAGGGAGCUGAAGCGUACAAUGUUCCUGUCUUUGCUCCUUCUGCCUGUGAGUUAGAAUGUAAACCCUCCUCUUCCCCUUCGCUUAUAUCUACCGCUCUCUGACCUCCUGUGAACUCUGUGCUAGCUAGCAUCGCUAUAGGCUAACUCAGCAUCCUGUCUCUUGACCUUGACCAGUGGGCACAGUUCAAACUUCUAACCUUGUUUUGAAUGUGAUGAUGAUGAUGAUGAUGAAGAUAAUGGAGCAGAAAAUAAUAUAAAAAAAACCUUUGUAUAUAGUUCAAAUUCAGUUCUUGGAAAACUGUAGUGAGAGUUGGACGGAGAGGAUGGCUCGUGGGUCUUUUUAAAAAUGAUAAUUUAUCAAUAAAAUGCAAAAACUGCA